AUGGAGGUGGAAACGGAGGACCAAACGCAGGGCGAUCAUACGAGUGAAGCGGAGGAGGAACAAAACCCCGUUCCGCGUGAUCAGCAGGAUGAUCACUUCGAGAGGGAGCACAACUUCCUGGACUUCGAAAACAUCCUACUAGACGUGAGGCUGAGGAAGGCAAUCCUUUACCUGUUCAAGUUUAAGUACCCAACGAAAAUACAAAAGGCAGCCAUUCCACAUAUCCUGCACGGGAAAGAUGUCAUCAUAAGUUCGAAAACUGGGUCAGGGAAAACCAUGGCCUACCUCAUCCCACUAGUGCAGAAUAUACUGAAGUCAAACUUAAAUGAAAAGGAGUCCUUAAAGUUUUUUUAUAAAGGAAUAAUUCUUGCCCCCACAGAAGAAUUAUGCCUACAAAUACACCAAGUGGCACAGACAUUAUGCUCCUACCUGAAGAAUAUCCUAUCGUUCGAUCACAAUAUCAACAGAACGUUUUAUGACCAUCCAACUGUUUUAGUGACUACCCCUAGACAUCUCUACAAUCACGCAGUAGAGUGUAAGAAAAAAAAUAAUUUGGACAUAUUAUCUAACUUAAGAAUUCUGGUUGUAGAUGAAGCAGAUAUUUUGCACAGCAAAGAGUUCCAAAAAUGGAUGAACCUUUUGGCUAGUUAUCACUUUCCAAAAAAUUAUUCCCAGAAAUAUCAAAUUGUCAUGGCAUCUGCUACAGUGAAGGAAAAUAUCGUCGAGAAAACCAAACUUUUUCUCCAUAACCCUGUUUUUUUAAGUGCAGAAUUGGAGAAAAGUGGAACUUCCCCCAGUCGCACCUCCACUAAUGGAGAUCAUCCUGAUGGCAUCCAUAAAAGGGAUGCUUCCAUCAGGGACAGUAACACUCCACCCGCUAAAAGCGACAAGCUGAGUGAUUCUUCUCAGCCAAAAAAAGUAAAGUCACCCCACCUACAUCAGCAAUUCAGGGGAAAAUCAUUCUGCUACUUCUACCCAGACGAAACCACCAAAUAUAUUUACCUGUACAAUCUUAUAAACGACAAAGUAAUUUUGCGAAAGUCAAUUAUUUUUACCUCUACCAUCUAUGAUGCGUACAAGAUAAAAAUAUUUCUGACUUACUUUGAUAUACCUUCCUCCAUCCUGAACCCAAACCAUCCUAUCCUGGUUAGACAGAAUAUCAUUUUCGCGUUCAACAAUUAUAAGAUCUUCUUCUUGAUAUGCCCUCAGUACGAGAAGAAUGCCGCAGCGAAGGGGGGGAAGGCCGACAUGAGUGACAUGGGGGACACGGGUGACAUUGCAAGUGUUCGCAGUGAGGGCAACACAGACGAUACGGACGAUUCGAUCAACCAUGAUGACAACGCCCAUGAUGCGGAUGCUAACGAGGAAGUUCAGGGUGAAGACGACACAUGUGAUGAGGACGACCCGUGUGACCAAGAUGACGAGGGUCUCGACCAAGAUGGCCUAUGUGACCAGGACGACGCUGGUCUUGACCAAAACUACACGUGUGACCAAGACGACACGUGCGAUCAAGACGACGCGUCCGACCAAGAUGCCACGAUCAACCUGGACGACGCUAGCGAUGACGAGAAGGACUUUCUCUACAACCGCGGACUGGACUUCCAAGGAGUACACUGCGUGGUUAACUUCGACAUGCCCCUGGACACAAAGACCUUCGUACACCGAGUGGGAAGGACCUGCAGACUCAACAACAAAGGGAUCAGUAUUUCCUUCAUCAACGAAAAUGAACCGGCGGAAAAAAACAUCCUCCAAAAAAUAGGCGCCAAAAAUAUAUGCACCAUAAUUCAGAAGACGGUGUCACAAAAUAAGGUCGAGAUGUACAGGUACCGAGUAGAAUCCAUGCUCAACAAAUGCACCAACAAAAAAGUGAAACAAUUUAUUCAAAGGGAGAUCCUCUACCAAUCCUUGAAGUCCAAGGAGCUGAAAGAAUUUUUCAACUCCAAUGAAGAAGAAAAAAGGGCCAUUAACAAAAUUGUAAAAUAUUUUAACACACAUGUCGUGCCACACAAACUGAUUAAGGACAGAUUGAAAAACUUAUUCUUGAAAAAGGCUAAGAAGAAGGGGGUCCUUAAAAAGGGGAUAAACAAAAAUGGGAAAGAAAAUGGAGACACAAGGAUGGACAGAAAGAACAAUAGAAGAGAAGACGAUAAAAGAAUAGCGCAACAACACUAUGUUAAAAGUAAGAACAACGGGUUCGUGAUCACUGAACAGGCAUAUGAGGAUCAGCUGAGGAAGGAACCAGAGACGGAAGUGGCCGACCCGACCAAGCUUCCCCCCAUUUAUGGAAGGCGCUUGCGAAAUUAUGUGUACAGCAAGUACGUAAUGGGGAAACGCCGGACGGGGGGAAGGGCCAAUGGUGGAAGGGCCAAUAAUGGAAGAGCGAACGGUGGAUGGUCAAAUGUUAGCGGCUCGCACAGAAACAGAGCGCAUAAUGCAAAGCCCAACCGGGACAGUUUCUCGCAGAAGAACAAGCGACACCGUAGCGCCGCCCCUCAGAAGGCCUAA